GGUUUAUUCUUUCCUUUUCUAAUUAGAUGAAGAGCUUCCUGAUUAUAUCAUGGUCAUGGUUGCCAAUAAGAAGAGUCAGGAACAGAUGACAGAGGAUCUUUCUCUUUUCCUCGGGAACAACACUGUCAGGUUUACUGUAUGGCUCCAUGGUGUGUUGGAUAAACUUAGAUCUGUAACUACUGAACCAACUAGCCUAAAAUCCUCAGAAUCUAGCAUCUUUGAGAGCAGCUUGCCUCCCAGCAAAAACAGUUCAGGUGGGAGUGAUGAGAGAAGACGUGAGGAAAUCUUACAGCCUCUUACAGUCUCCAACUCUCGGUCUGAAAGAAAUGACUCACGAGUUUCAACCAGCUCACAAGAGCAAAGAGCCAAUGCUGUACGGCAGUCUUGUGAAGAUGGAUCUGCAUCCCGCUUGAUGUCAACAGUCAAGCCCCUGAGGGAGUUGUCACCUUCUGAAGCUGUGAUUGACAUUAAACCCGAACCAGAUGAUCUCAUUGAUGAAGACCUAAAUUUUGUUCAGGAAAAUCCAUUGUCACGGAAGAAACCUAUUGUAACUGUAACUUACGGCUCUUCUCGUCCUGCUGCUGAAAUCUACAGACCACCAGCUAGCAGAAGUACAGAUGCCGGCAUGCACUUAAACAGAUUGCUGCAGCAAGGUGGCCAACAGGGAGCCAGGCAGUUAGACAUGCAAAGCUGCAGGUCUUUGGAGGCAAUCCAGCUAUGCAAUCCAGAAGCAUUUGGCAGCUUAGCAGAGAGUUACAGGCCUGCCUCCAAACUGAGUGCUGAUAAAAUAAGCAAUGAGUUGCAGGAAGAAAGCUCCAGGAAGAGAAAAUUGCCAGUUAUAAGUUCAGUGGUCAAAGUGAAAAAAUUCAGUAAUGAUGGAGAAGAGGAGGAGGAAGAAGAAGACUGUGGGUUACGGAUAGGAAGCAUCUCCAGCAGUGUUUCUGUACCGGCAAAGCCUGAAAGAAGACCUUCACUGCCACCUUCCAAACAGGCAAAUAAGAAUUUAAUUUUGAAAGCAAUCUCUGAAGCCCAGGAAUCGGUUACAAAAACAACCAAUUACUCCACAGUUCCACAGAAACAGACGGUUCCAGUUGCACCCAGAACUCGAGUUGCCCAGAAUGAAACUCAGUUAGAAGUAAUCCAUGUGCAGACCCGACCAUCUAGACCAUGCUCGCAGACUCAGGCAGAAGAACUAAAAGACCAGACAAUAGAAGGAAUUCAAGAAACUGAACAAAAGCAGCUGUUUUCUCGGCUCCAGAUUGACCCUUAUGUUGAAGAAACUUUGCAGAUGGCUCAAGGUUAUUAUGAUGUGGAGUCUGUGGUCCACACAGACACUAGAUCGUUUAUUCUGAAGAAGCCGAAGCUGUCUGAGGAAGUAAUGCCACAGAACCCGGAACUGGGGAAAAGGGCUGCAGAAGCCAUGCAGGCACUGUCAGGACGUCUCAUACAGACACGAGAACAGCCUGCACAGCCAGAAAAGCCUCCUAGUCCCAAGUUCAUAGUGACACUGGAUGGUGUCCCCAGCCCACCAGGGUACGUGUCUGAUCAGGAGGAGGAAGAGCUGUGUAUAACUGAAGGACUGAAACCAGUUACCCAACAUUCAGUCACAAGCAAGGGAUUAAAAAUCCCUCGAGCACAGCAGAUGCAAGUUGUAACCAGACAGCUGGGGAGCCCUGAAGUGGAGAUAGAGCAAAUGAGUGUGCCACAGAAACAGGAGAAGGUGCUUGAGCGUUGCAAGUACUGGCCUGCUUGUAAGAACGGAGAUGAAUGUGCAUACCAUCACCCCACGCUGCCGUGCAAAGUCUUUCCCAAUUGCAAAUUUGCUGACAAAUGCCUGUUUAUCCACCCAAACUGUAAAUACGAUGCCAAGUGCACCAAGCCAGACUGCCCCUACACCCAUGCCAGCCGACGCACCCCAUUGCCACCUCCAAAACCAGCACCACUGCCGGCACUGCCUGUGUCCUCCAGCAGCCUGCUCUGCAAAUUCUUCCCUGCUUGUAAGAAAAUGGAAUGUCCAUUUUACCACCCCAGGCAUUGUAGAUUUAACACGCAGUGUACAAGACCAGAUUGUACGUUCUACCAUCCAGCUGUUGCCGUACCUCCACGCCAUGCCUUGAAGUGGACUCGAAGUCAAGCUAGUGAAUAAUUAUGAUACAACUUGUGGAUAAAAGUUACCACCUUUGGACAGAGUGGAGAGGAACAUUCACUAGAAGGAAAAGAGGAUGCUACAGAACUUUACACAAUAUGAACUUUGAAUAUAUAUUGUUUUCAUAAGACAAAUUUGAUUGCAUAUUUGAAAUGUCUCUAAUUUUUCCAAGUUUGUAAGUUUAAUAGCUGGUUUUACAUUUUUUUACACUGUAAAGAGAAAAUGUCUGUGUAGGGAAAGGUUUUACUUUAAAUUCCAUUAAAAAGUUUCAAGGCACA